AUGGCGGCAGCAGAUCAUUCGAGAAAUCUCGCGAAAACUGGCCUUUCGGAUUAUCAGAUUAGAGAUUUAAACGAUGAAAUCAACAAGCUAAUGAGAGAAAAGGGACAUUGGGAAGAUCAAAUAAAAAAACUUGGUGGUCCGGACUACAGAAGAAUUGGACCCAAAAUGAUGGAUCACGAAGGCAAGGAGGUACCCGGAAACCGCGGUUACAAAUAUUUUGGACGCGCCAAAGACUUACCUGGAGUGAGAGAAUUAUUCGAACAAGAUGUACCCACGCCACAAAAGCGCACGAGAUUCGACCUAUACAAAAAUGUAGACGCGGAUUACUAUGGUUAUCGGGAUGAGGAAGAUGGAUCUUUGCUCGAGUAUGAGGUUGAUAGGGAGCGUUCACUUAUCGAGGAAACAUUGAGAUUCUCUGAUAAGGCAUUGCCCAAGGACAAGUCCACACAAAAGAAGAAGGAAGGUGCAUCACAGGUAGAGGGCGAAAUAACGGACAUUCAUCAGUUGUCAGAAAAAUAUGUGGCACACGUGGCUGUGCCCUCCCAAAAAGAAGUCGAAGAGUACCUGAGUUAUUCGUCCGGGGCCUACAGUAAUAAUCCGAGUCAAGGUUUCAGUUAUGGUGCUGGCGGAUUUGUGGCUUCAGGUGAGGGUUCGACUUCAAGGCGAGAUUCUGAUGGAAGGCCGUCCGACCGUAGUGCGAAAACGGUUCGUUCCGUCACAAUUCGUCAACUCUUGAGUUGCGAUGCCAGUCACUCAGAUGGCGAACAAAUGCUUGAUGGAAAACCUCUUAAUCUUGUUACUUUCGUCGCGAAGGUUCAUAAUAUUUCACCCAAAAACAAUUUGAUUGACAUCACCGUUGAGGAUGGCAGUGGAUUCAUCGAAGUGAAGCUUUUCUCCAAUAAUAAUGAUAAUCUAAGCGAAGAACAGGACCAGGGUAAUAGGCAAUCUGCUUCCACCAUUACCGGUUCGGCGUAUGAUUCUUCACAGGUCAAUAGAAAUAACAACACGGAGAUGUUUGCGAGUAGACUCCAUAAGGAGGUUGUUGAUCUCGUCAAUAAAAACGCGGUUAGCGAGGUGGGAAUGAAGAUCGAUGACAUCUGCCGCGCGUUGGCUUUUCAGUACGGAUCUGAUAUCAAUGCAUCAUACGGUGUCGAAGAUGCAGAGUAUGCGGUCGCGCAGUUGGCACAAACAACUAUGCGUGCUGAAAUUGGACAAAUGACACUGGAUAGGACUUUGGCAGAACGUUCCCAUUUGAAUGCGAAUAUAGUGGACGCGAUUAAUAGUGCUGCUGCUGAAGCGUGGGGCAUCCGAUGUUUAAGAUACGAAAUUCGCGACAUUCACCCUCCUGCCAAGGUCGUGGAGUCUAUGCAUUCACAGGUAUCGGCCGAAAGAUCAAAAAGAGCCUCGAUUCUCGAGUCCGAAGGCGCAAGACAGGCUGCCAUCAACGUUGCUGAAGGUGCAAAACAAUCGGUUAUACUAGCUUCGGAAGCUCAGAAGGCCGAGCAGAUAAAUAAAGCAUCAGGUGAGGCCGAAGCAAUCCUCCUUCGGGCAAAAGCUACCGCUGAGGGGAUCCGACAGAUUGCCGACGCUAUUGAAGAAAGCCCUCGUGGAACCGACGCCGUCACACUCACUGUGGCCGAAAAAUACGUGGAGGCUUUUGGGCAACUCGCAAAACAAGGCAACACCAUUAUCGUUCCGGCAUCUACCAAUGACGCCAGCUCAAUGAUUGCCCAAGCUUUGUCGAUAUACCAAACAGUCUCCAAACAGCAGCUAAUCGCUUCCCCCGACACAUCGUGA